GUCUUUUAGAGGUCGGACCAGGGUAGCAGGUUAGUGUGUGACAGUACUUCAAGUGGCGUGAGGCUAAAAGUUGACGUAUUUCGAAUUGGAGUCGCCCGGGUGCUGUGAGGCGCUUUCUGUUAUUACUGUUAUUGAUCAGCCGUCAGACUGUAGGCCGCAGGGUUAUUAAUCCGGGGGGUGACCGGCCAGUGCGGGCUCUGCACAGCCUCCCGCGACACAUACCUUGCCGCCACCCGGCUGUGAGUGUCACUCCGCACAGCGUGUGCCCGAGGGUGAGUGUCACUCCGCACAGCCUGUGCCCGAGGGUGAGUGUCACUCCGCACAGCGUGUGCCCGAGGGUGAGUGUCACUCCGCACAGCCUGUGACUGACACUCCAGCCAGACUAGCUCAGGAGCAAUGUCACUACACCUAACUGAGGGUGAUUGCCACACUAGCUAGGCUGUGACUGGAGGGGGGGGGGUUGCCUCACUAGCCAGGUGGUGACUGGGGGGGUUGCCUCACUAGCCAGGUGGUGACUGGGGGUUGCCACCCUAGCCACGCUGUGACUGGGGGUUGCCACCUAGCCAGGCUGUGACUGGUGGGGGUUGCCACACUAGCCAGGCUGUGACUGGUGGGGGCCACACUAGCCUGCUGGUGGGGGUUGCCACACUAGCCAGUGGGGGUGCCACACUGCCAGGCUGUGACUGGUGGGGGUUGCCACACUAGCCAGGUGGUGACUGGGGGUUGCCACACUAGCCAGGUGGUGACUGGGGGGUUGCCACACUAGCCAUGCGGUGACUGGGGGGUUGCCACACUAGCCACGCUGUGACUGGGGGUGGGUUGCCACACUAGCCAUGCUGUGACUGGGGGGGGUUGCCACACUAGCCAGGUGGUGACUGGGGGGUUGCCACACUAGCCAGGCUGUGACUGCUGGGGGUUGCCACACCAGCCAGGCUGUAACUGAAUGUUACUACUCCAGCAAGGGUGUGACUGGGGGUGUUGUGGUUGCCAUUCCAGACAAUUUCUCUUAUCACUUAAGCCAGCUUGAAGUGGUGGUAGUGUCACUCAUGGCCGGCUAUGCCUUAUGCUAGUAAUGUCACUGUUGUCCUUACAGUGCUUUCAGGCCUCCCUCCAGUGAGUGCUGCUAGCACGUCUCCUUCACUCUUUCUUGCCCUUGCUGCUUCUGUCAGGGUCAUCACUCCUUGAAGGUGCUCAUGUGGCCUCCAUAGUUACCAAUCACAGAGAGGUUUUCUGUCAGGAACUUCUCAAUCAGGGCUGUACAUUAGGCUAAAGAUUAAUUUUUAUCAUUUAGUAUUUGACAGUUUUCUGGUGUUUGGUUAGGAAGAAAAACUUGACAUUAAGGAUAGUAGUUUUAUUUUAUUGCCAUUUUAUUGCAUAUGAUAAGACUAAGAAACUUCUUUUUACAGCUGCUAUUUCUGAUUUUGCUGAGAUAGUCAUACAACCCAUUAUCGUAUAAUUGUAUUUGGUUGACCCAUAGUGGAAUCAAAUUUCUGGUUUUGUGUAAUGAAAUAAAAUACCCAUUUCCUGUAUUGCAGCCAAUUUCUUUUUAAAUAUAAUUGAAUUUUUUUUUUUUUAUUUUUUUUUGCUAUUUUGGUCCAUGAGAUGUAUAAUAUAAUUUGGUAAAAAUAUCUAUUUCAAAGGGACACUCCUGGACGCUGUGGUGCAAGAUUUAUCUUGCACCUCAGGACAUACUUGAAAAUGAGAGAAAUCUCAAUGUAUCUUUCCUGGUAAAAUAUUUUAUAAAUAAUCUUAAUUUUUUUUUUUUUAUUAUUUAUAGUUCAAUCCCCCUCUUAUAAUAUUGUAAAGUGCUACAGAAUCUGUUGGCGCUAUAUAAAUGGCAAUAAUAAUAAGUCAUACCUAUUCAUACUGUCAGUUGGAGCUCUGAUAGGCUAAAAGUGGUCAGCAGACACACUCAGCCAAUCACAGUUGCCCAUUACUGCUCAUUCUAAUACUUCCUCAGUAGCCAGUGCAACACAGAGGGGAUGGCCUGCUGUGGACUCUUGUUUAGUAUUAAAACAUAAAAACUGUUUAAUGCUGGAUGAAAUGACAACAACAGGGGACUAAAGACACUAUAACAAGAUUAAUUAGAUGAAGCAGAUACAGUGCCCCUUUAACUCAGGAUAGCUAGCCGAAGAAGCUUCUAGUAUGACAGUCUCUAGAGGCAUUUAAGCCCUGCACUGGAUCAAAUAGUUAUAGUGCAUACAGUGUCUUUUUAUCCCUGCAGUGCUGGGCCAGUACAAUGGUUGAGUGCUUCAGAUAAUCUUUUUAGGUCAUGCACUGCCUUACUUAGAUGUGGGUGAGAGGAGGUUGGCAUUGUCUCCCAACAGAGACCAAAUAAACGGUGUUCCUCAGUAAUGUGGCAAACAUUUUAAAACAGAUUGCCCCCUUAACCGGUCUCACAAUGGCGUUUGAACCGUAUAUGUCAUCUGCAGAAACUGGUUGCUGAUUCUGCUGCUCAUUAAUGGGCUCCGUGAUACUGGCAGACGUAGAUUUGCACCCCAGGCAGCAUACUAGUUAAACUUCAUAUGUGCAGCAUUUCAUCAGGCACCAUGACUAGUUCUAAUCACUGAAGUGGUAAUAAUGUAUGAAGUACCCUUUAGCUAGUAUGACUUUUUGUAAUGUAGCCCUCAUAUUUUUCCCUACUUGAAGGGGUGUUGCACUAGGCAAUAUAAUAAGCACCUUUUUUGUUUAUACCCACAUCUGAAAGUAUUUGGCUAUUGCCUUUAUGGAUGUUAAGAGAUUUGUUUUGUAACACUUUCAUUGGUAGUUUGGUUGGUCCUGUCUGUUUGAACCUAUGGGUUCAUAUAUUUAGACAUUGGAAAUAAAGUAUUUUUCCUUUCAGAACUACUAUAAUGAUAUUUAGAAAUGUAAUCCCUUUAUGUGCUGACCUGCAAUGUUAACCUACACAUAAAAUCUCUGUCCUGAUAACCUCUAAAACCUAUUUAUAACAAGAACUAUUCUGAGUGAAAAUUUCUGGGCUACUUCCAGUGUAACUGAUAAACACAGUUCCAUUUUUGUGAUUUUGAGAAAUUGACAACAUUGUGAUAUUCUUCUAGUUUGGAAUAGCAAGAAUACUUUGCACUCCAACUUAUACUGAUUGAAAAUUAUGCAAUUUAACAUUUUAAAACUGAUUUCAAAUAUAUUUGCUGUUAGGAAAAGGAUGUAGGUAGCCUUUCAACUGCUUCAGGAUGUUGGGCUUUCCUGCAUUUUGUUUUAGGUAAACAUUACGUUACAGAUUUCCAAUUUUAUAUUAGAGAUGGACCACUCCUGAAAAUGGAAAGUGUGAGCUGUUGGUUUCAUAAACAAGUAUUCCAGCUAUCAUUGCAUACAUUUGUUUUGCCAUUCUCCAGUUUAAUUGAAGGAUACAUAGGUGACAUUUUGAUGCAACUCAUUUUGUCAGUGCACAAGCAGAGGUAUUGAAUUGUAUGAAGCCUUUACCUACAAUGUUCCUGAAUUAUGCUCUAAUUAUUACUCUAGGAUCUUACCAGGGGAUAUACAGGAACAGAGCAACUAAACAUAUUAAUGUGUUGGUGAUGAAAUCAAUGUAACAGAAGUGCACCCUACUUUGGGACACAAUUGUGUGAUUUCAUAAGCAGGACCAGUAAGAAUGGGUAAUUGUUUCAUCGAAUGUAACAUAUAAACAGAAUGGUGGCCAUGCCAUUGCUGGCGAGGGGUAAGUAUUUUAUUGACUAUUAAAUCCAUAUGUUUGCAAAAAAUAUAUAUAUUUCUUUAAGAACUGUUCUUACUAAAGAACCUACUAUGAUAGGUUCAUUUUAAUGUCUCAUAUGUUCAUAUUCCUAUUGUGCUCAUUUUAGCACAUAUUUUCCCUAAACAAUUUGCAAGCUCUUCACACUUGGUAGACCUUUCCUCAUCCACAUAGAAUUGAUUAACUGUGGUUAAAGGAUCACUGUAGGGUCAGGAACACAAACAUGUAUUCCUGACCCUAUAGUGUUAAAACCACCAUCUAGCCCCCCUGGGGCCCUCAUGCCUCCAUAAAUAUAGCAAAAUCAUACGGUAUUCAAGCCAGAAGCUGUAGAUCUGCAUGUUGUUUGCCUCAAAAAAAAACAAAAAACAAGCAGUCUGCUGACAUCAUCAGAAGUGGUAGCCUGAUCCAAUCACAGUGCUUCCUCAUAGGAUUGGCUGAGACUUACAAAGAGGCAGAUCAGGGGCAGAGCCAGCAUGAUUCAAACACAGCCCUGGCCAAUCAGCAUCUCCUCAUAGAGGUGAGUUGAAUCAAUGAAUCUCUGAGGAAAGUUCAGUGUCUGCAUGUAGAGGGAGGAGACACUGAAUGUUUGGAUGCAUUUUAGGUAGCCAUGACACAGGAAGGAUCUCUAACAGCUAUCUGAGGAGUGGCCAGUGAAGUUAUCACUAGGCUGUAAUGUAAACACUGCAUUACCUCUGAAAAGACAGUGUUUACAGCAAAAAGCCUGAAGGUAAUAAUUCUACAUACCAGAACAAAUUAAAUAAGCUGUAGUUGUUCUGGUGACUAUAGUGUCCCUUUAAUUUGUAUCAAUAGCAAUGCCAGUAUUGUUUUAGCAUAUAAAUUAAGGUAUGUAGGAUGAUUACAUGGUAUAUUAUACGAUUUGCUUAAUUUUUCUCAUUUUAUAGUUUUAAAGAGAGAUGUCUAGAAAUAAGCGAAUGAGGGACCAGGACCUAAAUCCCUGCAUGAAGGUUAGUUUAAUUUUAAAUGCCUGUAUAAACUUUUUUUAUAUAACCAAAUAUUGCCUUUGGUUAGACUGCGGCCUAUUCAUUUGAAUUGCUUAAUUUGACAUAGAUAUUUCUUUAAAAGUAUGUUUUGUAUUUAUUUAAAAAGAUGGGUUGAAAAAAACUGACUAGCUUUUGUCUAAGGAAAGUGAUGCGUCUUCGAAGUGCAUGGACGACAACAACUACCAGAAGGAAAUGUGUACCAUUUACUUCAUAAAGUACAAGAAUUGUAGAAAGUUUUGGGUAAGUGGAAAUUCCAUAAGCUUGGAAUCUAUAACCAACUGCAAAAAGUAUGAUACAAUCUAUGAAUAUCUGUCAUAACAAUUUUUAUAUUUGAGUUGCCAUCACUGCCAAAUUUCUGUUAGUCAAGUAAAGAAGAGGCUGCAAUUCCUCGUUAUUUUAGGGAAAGAAGCAGUUAGGCAUUGCAUGCAACAGAGAAAUUCAGGGUUAUUCAAUAAAGUGUGAAUUCCAAAUUUAAAGGAACACUAUAGUGUCAGGAAUACAAAUGUGUAUUCUUGUCACUAUAGGUGUAAAUAAUUGUUUAGGCAUCCGGCCCCCCUUACCUCCUGUUAAAAAAUGAGAUUUAUUCACCUUUUUCCAGCGUUGAUCGGGUCCGGUCGCUACUGGGCCGCCCCCUGUUGCUGAGAUCAUCAAACUUCAGCCAAUUCAAUGCUUUCCCAUAGAAAAGAAUUGGAAGAAUCAAAACGACGCUCUGUACCAAUCAGCAUCUCAUAGAGAUGCAUUUAAUCAAUGCAUCUCUAUGGGAAACGUUCAGCGCCUCCAAGCAGAGUGUGGAGAUGCUAAACAUGCAGUCAUGACGCAGGAAGCACCUCCAGCGGCCGUAUGAUUUACUGCCACUGAAGGUGUUACUUGGCAGUAAGGUAAACCCUGCCUUUUCCCUGACAAAAUAAAGCAUCAACGUGAGACCUCAAUAGCAAUGUUGUAAUCAUCACACAGACUGAUUGAAUAUACAACAAAAUUUGAAAAUGUUUAAUGGAAUUUAUAUUUUAUUGAACAGAAUGAGGUUAUGACGAAAAGAAGAAGAGAAGGAGUGACACCCUAUAUGCCAACAGCAGAAGAGAGAGACAAUAUAUUGAGGUCCUUCGAAAGUGUGCCAUAUUGAAUAGGUGAAGAUAUAUGCUGUUGUUUUUAACUAUUAUUACUGGAACAAAUUUUAAACAUUAAAUUCAAGUAAAAUCGUUGAUAUUAUAUUGUGGUAAAAUAUUUCUGAAAUACUCA